UGUAGCCUUUUGGCUGAUUGGUGAAGUAAAAAGUUGAGAUUUUGUGUUGAGACUAAGCGUCCUCGUUGAAGGAUAUGAAUUUUAGCCGAUUCCAUUGCGGAAUUGGCGAGAUGAGAAAUCGGUCGGUUCGAUGCACACUUUUUAAGUGUCUCGUAAAGCUAGCAAGUGACCCGAGAUUGGUUGUGAGACCAAAUCUGUUUCGCCUCGUGGUCGUUCUGGCGCCGACGGUGCUCGAGUAUUUUAUUGUGCAGCUUGACGCUUUUUUAGUAAGAUUCAUUAUCUUCAAAGCUUGAGUGA